AUAUAUCAUUUUUAUAUUAAUUUAUAAUAGUUUUUAAUUCUUAUUUGCACAUGUAAACAAAUGAAAUGAUAAAGAAUUAUUGCAAAUAUUUUUUUAAUUUUUUUCUCAUAUACGUUCUACGUUUUAUAUACGCACCUUAUAUAAAUUAAUGGGUACUAAAAUAAUACAAUACUUUGAAUAGAGAAUUGUUACUGUUCCUAAAUAAAAUGCAUCUCUUUAUAAUCUAUCCUCGCUAUUAAAAAAGAAAGGAAAGGGCCUAUUAUUAAGUUAUUUGUGGAAAAAUAGUUUAUAUAAUUAUUAGAAUUCAAAUAUUAACAUUACAAUGUAAAGUAUGUACAUGAAUUUUUAUAUGAAGAAGCACUUUUAAACUCGUUUAUUUAAAAAAUAUUAACGAUAGGUUAAUGCAAUAAAUCAAAAAUAUCUUUCCUUAAUCGUGUAUGGCUUUUAUUCAUAGCAUUUAUUAUUCAUUAAUUAUCGUUAUAUAUUAACUUGAAAAUUUACGUAACGUAACAAUUUACGUACAAUAACGUUUACGUAAUUUGUUAACAAUUGUUAACAAUCAAAUAAAUAAAUAUCGAUAGAUGAAAGUUAUCAUGUUAUUGAUACAUAAGUACGCAAUUCGAUUAUAUGCAAGUAGUAAUAUAUCAAUACUACUAUGUACUUAUAUACAAAAUAUAAGAAAAAUCUUAAUAAUAUAACGUACAGAAAUACAAAUUCAGUCGUAUGAUAAGAGAAAACAAGAAAGAAUUCUCAUUAUAAUAAAUUAAUGCUUAUACAUGCAUAAUUAUUUGGUAAUUCUCUUCAAUUAUCUUAUUAUAAAUAUAGCUUAAAAGAUAUACAUCAAAAGAAUAUAAGUUGCAAAAGCAAAUAAAACGGAUACCUAAAUUUGCAGUUAAUCUUGUUCAAGUAUUCGUUUAGUUUGAACAGGUUAUAUUCAUAUAUGAUGUCUGUUGUGCAUUAUCUAUGGAUAUUUCAAACUGACGUCAUUUUUACGUCUAAAUUUAUUUGUCAUCCUUUUGUUUUUAGACAUAUGCAUACUUAAUUGUAAAAAUUUAUAUUUUAUUAAUUUCUGCAAGAAAAGAAAUUUAAAUCAAGAAAUCAAGGGUGUUGAUAUAAUGAAUCACGGAGAUAUUGUCGAUUUUACAUCACUUGAUUCAGAUAUUCAAGAGUUAAUAAAACAAAGUGCAAUUGUACGAGAAUACUCAUAUGCACCUUAUAGCAAGUUUAAAGUGGGUUCUGCAAUACUUUGCACUGAUGGAACAAUUUUUAAAGGCUGUAAUGUGGAAAAUUUAUCGUAUCCUGUUGGAAUAUGUGCAGAAAGAACAGCUAUUGCAAAAGCAAUAUCAGAAGGGAAAAGAAAGUUUAAAAUAUUAGCAGUAGUAGCAGAUCAAGAAAAUGGUGGAUUUACCACACCUUGUGGCUUGUGUCGACAAACUAUUGUUGAGUUUGGUAAUAUAACUAUUUAUUGUGCAAGGUCUGAUAUGAAAGAUGUAUUACGGACUACAAUAAAUGAUUUACUUCCCUUUGCAUUUAGUCCAGAUGUGAAAAAUUAAAUAUUUUGUUAUCUUAUAACAUAAUUCUGUAACAUAAUUAAGAUAAAAAUAAGAACAUAAAAAUGAGGUCCUAUAAUAACUAA